UAAUUUCGUCCCAAUUCACAAAUGGCUCCCGCAUCAGAAUCCGAUGCAAAACUACUUGAGCUCCUCAAGCUACCACAAGAUGAAGAAGAAGUAGAUGGCUUCUUGUUUUCUCAAAUGGCAUGGUCAAUUGUGGUUCCAAUGGCUUUGAGAACCACAAUAGAGCUUGGUGUAUUUGACAUCAUAGCAAAAGAAGGCGAAGGUGCAAAGCUCUCAGCAAAAGACAUUGUGGAUGACAUUGGAACCAAAAACCCUGAAGCAGCAUCAAUGUUGGAUCGUGUUCUUAGGCUUCUUGCAAGUCACUCAUUACUGUCUUGUUCUGUUGUUGAAGAUCCACAAAGCUCUAAUAACUUGCAUCAGAGGCUGUAUAGUCUCUCCCCUGUUUCCAAAUAUUUUUUGGGUGAUGCUGAUGGUGUAUCUUUGGGACCCUCGUUGUGGCUGCAUCUAGAUAAAGUCUUCACCCAAAGCGUGGAGCAUGUGGGAGGAGAUAUGUUUGAGAGUGUUCCUAAUGGAGACGCCAUUUUCAUGAAGAGAAUACUUUAUGAUUGGGGAGAUGAAAAAUGCUUGAAGAUAUUGAAAAAUUGCCUCAAGGCUAUUCCGAAUGAUGGGAAGGUUAUUGUGGUGGAAACAAUGGUUUUCAUUGUUCCUGAGCCAACAUCUUUUGCCAAGAAUGCUUUUGGAAAUGAUGUUAUCAUGAUGACUCAAAUGCCCGGAGGGAUUGAGAGAACAAAACAAGAUUUCAUGGAGUUAGCACAUGGAUCUGGAUUUAGUGGCAUAAGAUUUGUGUGUUGUGUUUCUAGCGUCUGGGUCAUGGAGUUCUACAAGUAA